UCAUUACUGAUAGGCCUGACUUCCAAAAACAGCAGGGAGACCCUUCCAUCUCCCCUCAUUUAGUGAUUGCUAUUUUUUUAGAUGAAAGUUUCUGAGGUGAAAUUGAAGUUUAAGAAAUUAGUUUAGGGAAAUUUUUCUAAAGUCUAGUCUGCUUCUCCAAGGGCCUAUUGUGUAUUUGUUGAUCAGAGGUGCUUACCCUUCACUUAGGCCAAAUCUCAGUGCCUGGGGUCUUUUCUGAGGUCCCCUCAAGAUGUCUAGGAUUUAGAUGUAGUAGAUGUCUACUUUACCUUUUAAUUUUUGCUGCUGGGGUUUCCCACAGCCUGUGUCUUUUGCUCUAAGGUUCUAUAAAGCCUAUGAUUCUCCUUGAUUUCUUUUCUAAGAUGGCUUUGCAUCUUAGAGGUGUGCUGAAAAUUCAUCUAUUUCAAUUUCUGGAAUUACUUUCUCCUGUCAAUUGCAAUGAUAAUUUAUUGAAGAUCUCAAGAGGCAAUAACAUAUUUUCUAGGCUAUGGAAAGAGAUUUCCUAUUCAGCCUCAUUUCAUUUUAUUCAGUGACUUCAAAGACGUCUCACACUUAGUCUAGGGUUUUGAUUAAUUUAGCUGUAGUCUAACAUAAUUAGUAUCAAAUCUAAAAUGAAAUCCAUUGGUUUCAACUUCACAUUUACACAUACAUCAUAUCAUGAUCAUAUCCUUAGAUCUCAGAUUUUUCCUCUUUUCUUUCACAUCUGGAUCAUCUUUGGAGCAUUUGAUUCCUCCCUAAAUGACAAGAUUCAGUUUCCUUCUCUUUACCAAAUGGCCCCCAAGGACUCUUCCCUUCAUAAAGGUAUGGUCAGAUUGAUGACUCAUUUUGAAUGGACAUGGGUAGCUCUGGUGAUAGCAGAUAAUCUGAGAGGUGAGGAAUUUCUUCUGGAACUGACCCAAGAGAUGGCAAAUAAUGGGGUCUGUGUGUCCUUCACAGAGAAGAUCCCUGUCAGUGAGAGAAGGCACACGGAAUCGCAUAUGGCAUUCAUGCCCAGGAUCAUGGCAUCAGCAACCAGAGUGAUUUUCAUUCAUGGUGACACAGAUUCAUUAAUGAUCUUGAGAUAUUCACAACUUCCUUUUCUCCCAAAUUGGAAGGUGUGAGUUGCCACCUCUCAGUGGGACAUUACCAUGAGACCCCAAUAUAUUGAUAGUUAUAAUUUUCAUGGAGCACUUACAUUUUCACACUUAACAAGUGAAGUUCCAAGUUUUAAGCCUUUUCUCAGAACAGUGAACCCUGCUAAAUACUCAGAAGACAUUGUACUAAAAGAAUUUUGGCACUCAACAUUCAGAUGUAUGGAUGAAUCCGAAAAACUGAAACAAGAAGAAUGUUCACUAAAUGCUUCCUUGGAAACUUUGCCUUUGCUUUACUUUGACAUGACCAUGUCUGAAAUGAGUUCCAUUCUCUAUAACAGUGUCUAUGCUGUGGCUUGGACCCUGAAUGAAAUGUUCCUGGUGAAAUCAGAAAAGAUGUAUUUUUUUUUUUUUUUGAAGAAUAGCAAAGAUGCCAGUGUCACUAAUCUUAGAAUAUUUUGUUUUGAAAAGAAGAUAUGUCAGACUUUAGUAAAGACAAAGCAUUUUAUACUUGACUCUGGAGUUUAUCAUCACUGCAAUUUAUUUUAUAGGGGACUAUAAAGUCAGAUUUGAAAUUUAGGAAAAUUACUUUAAUUUUAG